AUGGGAGAAAAUUAUGGUUAAGGAACUAUAUAAAGAACUUUAAAAGAUGAUGGAGACGAUUUUCUAAAUACAGCUUUAAGAAAAUGGAAAUUUAAUUCAAAAUAUAAUAGAAACUUGAAAUUAUUUAGUGCUUUAUUUUUAUUCUUCUUAACUUUUGGUAUUAUAUUUAUUGUUUACUACUUUAAAAUAGUUGAAUAUAAAAAAAGAUAUGACGAUUAUUGUUAAUUAAACGAUUAAACGUGUAAAUUCUAAUUAAAAAUAGAUUAAAAUAUGGAAUAACCUAUAUUUUUUUAUUAUGAGAUUGAUAAUUUUUACCAAACUCACAGGAAAUUUUAUUAAUCAAAAGAUGUACUAUAAUUAAGGGGAGAAGUUAGAUCUAUAAGUCAACUUUCUGAUUGUGAACCAUAUGUAACUAAUAAAUAAAUGGGAAAAAAAACAAGCAUUACAGGAAAAGAACUAAUUCAAGACGAAGCAGCAAAUCCUUGCGGGCUAAUUGCUAAAACAUAUUUUAAUGAUACUUAUAAAUUAUAUAAAAUUGUUGACGGGUAAAAAAAUCCACUUAAAAUUGAUAUAGACGAAAACGAUAUUGCAUGGGAUGUUGAUAAAAAUUAUAAUUAUAAAUUAAAUACUAAUUAGGAUUCUAUGUGGUUAAAUGUUACAAAUGAGCAUUUUAUGGUAUGGAUGAGAACUUCUGGUAUGGGAAGAUUUAAAAAACUUUGGGGAAGGAUUAAAUAAAAUUUAGAAGUAGGAGAUUAUAUUAUUGAAGUUUAAAAUAAUUAUGAUGUAAAAGUAUUCAAUGGAUAAAAAUCAUUUAUAAUGACUACAACAAGUGCUUUUGGAUAAAAAAAUCCUGUUUUAAUCGUAGCUUAUUUUUCAGGGGCAUUCGUUUGUUUAGUUUCACUUAUUGAAGAGAGGGAACAGGAAAGAGUUUAUUAUUAUUAAGAUAUGUUGAAAAAGAAGGUUCUUAUAUAAAAACAUAAACUACAAUUGUUUUAAAUAUUAGUAGGUGUUGAUUAUAAAUAAAAAAUUGUUGAAAUUAAUAACAAAAAAAUAAAAUUAUAUAUUUGGGAUACUGCAGGUUAAGAAAAAUAUAGGCCAUUAGUAUAUUCUUAUUUUUAAAAUACUUAGGCUGCUAUUUUAAUUUUAGUAGGAAAUAAAUGUGAUUUAGAAUAUGAAGAACCUGAUGAGAACAUCUUAAAUGAAUAUUAGAAGAAAUAUAAUAUUUCUUUUUUAAUAACUCCUCCUUUUUUUACAGUAUAUACAUAAUUUGAGGAAGGAGUACUUCCUGUAGCUGUUACUCUUCUAGGUAAUUCUCUUAAUUCCAACGUUUUUGGUGUAUAAGUGAAUGUUAUGUUAGGUGUAUUAGAAUAAAUAUAUUUGUUUUAAAAUAUUGGUAGAUUUUUGUCAUUUUGA